CUUCUGGAAUACCUAAAAAUAGAACAAGCUACAGCUAAAAACUAUUCGAUAAAAGCCUGCACAGAGGCUUUACGUAAAGAACUACCACCAGCUCCUACUUCAAUACUUAGUAUAGAAGCUAUGCAACAAGAACUAAAUAUCUGA